AUGGGAGCAAUGCUAGGUCAACACAAUGAUUCUGGAAAGAAGGAAAGAGCAAUUUAUUUCUUGAGCAAGAAGUUUAAUGAGUGUGAAGCUCGUUAUCCAAUGAUUGAGCGAACUUGUUGUGGACUAGUAUGGGCAACUAGAAGGCUAAGGCAAUACAUGCUUUACUACACUACCUGGCUAAUCUCGCGAGUAGACCCACUCAAGUACAUCUUUGAGAGCCCGCACAUUGCAGGUAGAGUACUAAAAUGGCAAGUUGUACUAUCUAAAUAUGAUAUAAAGCAUGUGAUGCAAAAGUCAGUCAAAGGUAGUGCGAUAGCAGAUCACUUGGCCAAUAAUCCUUUAAAGGAUAACCAGCCAUUAGAUUUUCAAUUUCCUAAUGAAGGCAUAUACACUACAGAAAAAGUUUAUGAUGAAGGAAAUGAUGAAGAGCAAGAAUGGGAAAUGUAUUUUGAUAGAGCCGCCAACAUGCAUGGAAAUGGGGUAGGAGUGGUAAUCAUUUCACUAGAAGGAAAACAAUUUCCAAUGGCCAUCAAAUUGAAAUUUGAUUGUACUAACAAUAUGGCAGAAUAUAAAGCUUGUGUUAAUGAUCUUCGACCAGCUAUUACCCUUGGUAUAUGGUGUUUGAAGGUAUUUGGUGAUUCAACACUCAUUAUUCAUCAAGUAACAAGAGAAUGGAGAACAAAGGAUGUAAAAUUGAUUCCUUAUCAAGAACUCCUAACAGAUUUGAUUAAGCAAUUUAAGAUUGUUAGCUUUCAUCACUUGACUCGAGAUAAAAAUUGUUUCGCUGAUGCUUUAGCCACUUUAGUAGCAAUGAUCCAACUUGAUUGUGGAGUCCAUGUCCAACCUAUUGAAGUAAAAGCUAGAAGCUUUCUAGCAUACUGUUUGAAUGUUGAAGAAGAUCAAGAAGAAUAUCCUUGGUUUCGGGAUAUUAAGGACUAUAUCACUAAGAGGUCAUACCCAACUGGAAUGACUAAGAAUGAAAAGAAAACCCUUCGUCAUUUGGCUAUGACAUUCUUUAUCAGUAAAGAUGUUUUGUACAAGAGGGGUUAUGAUGGUACCUUACUUCGCUAUGUGAGUUCAGAAGAAGCAAAGAAAAUUAUGGUUGAGGUACACGAGGGCAUAUGUGGCACGCAUGCGAAUGGUCACACUAUGGCUAGAUAA